GUGUCCCGGUUCUCUCGCCGGAAGCGGAAGUGGCGGCGCUGCUGGUAGCUGUAGGUACGCGGCCAGAUAGGGGGCGAUCAGCUGCAGAGGUGUUCACGGGCAACUGAGGCCGACGUCUAGCCGGACUCUGAAGCCGCAGGCCUUCUGUUGGACGAAGGGAAGGCCACCAGCGAGCACAGAGGAGCGCUCCGCGGGGCGGCAGGGCGGUCUCCCCUGGGAGCGGGCCGCGGCAGGGAUGGGCUCCAAGGCCAAGAAGCGCGUGGUGCUGCCCACCCGCCCCGCGCCCCCCACGGUGGAGCAAAUCUUGGAGGACGUGCGGGGGGCACCGAUCCAUGACCCAGUCUUCACCGCAUUGGCCCUGGAAGAGUCCCCGGCCCCCGCCAGGAACACCGAAGACCCUGAGGCCCGGUGGGAGCGGCUCUACCAGCAGGGCCAGGCCUAUGUGACCGCCAAUGAGCAGCUGCGGCAGGCGGGGGCCCAGCUGCGGCAGAAGUGCGAGGACCUGCGUCACAUUGGUGAGGAGCUGGAGCAGGACGUCGUCCAGGUGACACAGGCUGCGCUGCCGGUGACCUCGGCCGCCUCAGGCUAACUGCGCCUGUGGGUCUGGGGCGGCACCCACGCUGCCCCCCUGGCCUGCUGUUGGGAGGCGUGUGCCCAGGGUGGCACCCCACUCGUCUCUCACCCUCGAAGCUCUGGGUCGUCAUGUCCUCCUGUGACACUGGGCAGCAGGAGCCACCCAGCAAGGCCCAGCACAGGGCCGGGAGGUGCAGUGUGGGCAUAGCUGCCCUGAGUGGUCCGUCCCCUCCUCUGCCCACGACAGCUCUGAUCUUAGCGGGACUCUGCCUUGGCACCGCCUCCUCGCCUCCCAGCCCACUGCUCAGGGUAAGGGGCACCUGACCUAAGGCGUGCACAGCCCUCUGCCCCUUGAGCCCCAGGCCUGGCUGGAGGAUGGGGUGUAGCAGCCCCUGUUGACUGUGUGACUCAAGAUGACCUAAGACUCUGGUCCUCCUUCCCAUUUGGAUCCCGCCAUGAGCCAGCUUGGUCAUUACAACAGCCCUGGGCUGCUGCCCUCACGACCCUACUGGCCUCAACGGAGACCCCACCCUGGCCUCCGCUUGCUUGCUAUCACCUCGGUGAAGGGAUGAGCUGGAGUCUUCAGGCCACGCUGCUGCCGCACGGCUCUGGCCCCACCUUUGCUGCAGGCAGCUGCGGGCUGGCUGGAGGCUCCAGAAAAGGGCUUUUUGCCUAAACAAAUCAAAUCCAGGCCGCAGCUGUCAGGAUGAUGAGUGCCAGGCCAGCAGGGUGAUGCAAGCCCAGCUUGGUUCUGCCAGGAGCAGAGACAUUGACGUCCACAUCUAGAGCCCCAAGCCCAGGGACUGCUGUCCUUUGCUGUCCAGACUUAGCUUCCAGGAGACCAGGCUUUGUUUCUGGAACAUCAAAGAUGUUCCUCAGCCAGGUGUAACAGCACACACCUGUCAUCCCAGCACUCGGGAGGCUGAUGCAGGAGGAUCUCAAGACUCUGUCUCAAAACAAAUUUUAAAAAUAGAUGUUUCUCUUUCCCCGAAAUGGAGGUGCUGUUUAAACCUGCGAGAACCCCCUUAAACUAGAAGCUGGAUCCUAGGGGACCCAGCCUAAAGCUUCAAGGGCUUGCCCCUGUUACCCACCCCAGAACUCUGCUGCCAGGCCAGCUGGGUGCGGGCAUCUGGGGAGCUGACCCCUGUGAGCCCCUUACUGCCUCACACUGCUUCUGUCCCCUGGGCCAGGCUGUGCCCCCUGGAAGUGACCCUCACACGUAGCCACCCCAGCAUGUGUGUUGGUUUUGAUCUCAGUAAAUGGGCUGGCAUGGGACCUAGUGGCCCCUGGUACCCUCCUGACAGAUGGCUGCUGUGGCUGGCAGGCCCUCCCGUCCUGUCCCACAUGAGCCACAGGCCAUCUUGGGCACCCUGGCUUCCCCAUCCUCACCCUGUCUUGAAAUCAGGAGCUGGAGGUGAUUCGACAGCUCGUUUUAUUAAAGGUGCACAAGAAGC